UCGCCCAGCAACCAUUCGUGGAGGAUCCAAGCUUCGUGAUUGAGGUAGAUAGAGAGGAGGCAGUCUAUAAAUACAAGACACCCAGAGCCCCAAUAGUUUCCUCGGAUCAUUUUUCCACUCAACACAACUCAUUUCACUUCUAAGACAUAGCUCCUUGCCCAUCUUCUUUGAGGCUUCGAUAUCCUCGCUGUUGACAACUUACAACAUGGCCGGUCUCCCGAUCAAAUCCAAUAGCAGUGUCAGGCAGACAUUCGCAUCUGCUGUCGACUUGAACCAAUGUUCAAUGCCGUCGUCACAGAGCUCGUCACUGCUGGCUCAGGGAUCUCAGUCGAUCCGUGCUACAAAGCCUUCUAUAACCAAAACUGUCAGCAGAUCCGGCAUUCCUCUAAUCGUCGAUCUCACCGAUGAUUCCGAUGGCAAAGAGAGAGAUAGCAACAUCAAACAAGAUGUCGACAGUACAUCUGUCAGCACCCUAAGUCAAGUCCCAACCUUCAAACGAGAGGAUAGCCAAGAGAAAGAGGUUACAAAGCUCCUGGAUAUCACCGACAUUCCGAUGUUCAAUAAUGAUUGGCGGCCCAGAUUGUGCCUCCAGGAUAUCGACCAGGUUUGCCGCAAGAUCUUAGACCUCCACAAGAGGGUAGUAUCUUUAGAACAGCAUAGACGUGGCUCGAAUCCUACAGAGCCAAGCCGGACUCCGCAAUCAAGGACACCGCAACGGAUCAAACGAGCGGGACGCGAGGGACCGAAGCCAUGCUCAAUCACAGACAUGAAAAAUCACGAUAUCAAUUCAAGCAUCAAAGCAGAACACAACAUCGUCUCCCGCGGCUCAAGAGAGGACAGAAAGAUACCGUUCAAGACUCAAACGCGCUCUGACAUCUAUCUUGUUUCACGCAUGUAUCAAUUUUGCAAAGAAGGAGAUGAAGAAGGAAAGGAAGGAGAAGGCUGGCGAAAGCAUCGACUCAAGUGGAAUCGGGAAACGAAGCUCUAUGAAAGCGAAGUAUAUGGAGCUACACGAAUUUGCAUCGAUGUAUUUUCCCAGGACGUGAGGACUGAGACGAUCCUGUAGUUAAAGAGAAUACUUCCAACUCGGUCGAGUCGCCGAGCAUUAUCUACGCGUACAAAUCUGUACAUACGCAUCUCCGGUGAUACCUAAGGAUAUGUUAAUGAGAACUUCUAUUGUUUCGGAAUUUCCUCGAAUGAAAGGGAGACAUCAAAGUUUGGUCUGGAGAAAGUAUGAGGGGGUCUUUGUAGUAAAGCCAUUCCAUGGUUGAUGGUACAAGCCUUG